GAUGCUGCAUGGUUUUAGAAAGUGGUUUUGAACUGGGAAUUGUCUGGCUCCUUUUUCUAAGGCAACGCCAUGGGUAUAGACUUGUGGGAAGCGUUAAGUGUUCAGCACUAGAACAGAGAGGCUGUGCCGUCACUUGCUACUUGUAAUAAUAGUCUUAAUGGAAGAGGAGCUCAAUCAAUACAUCAGGACAGCUGUUAACAGAUUAUUAUAAUGGAGCCUAAACAUCUUGUCUUUUCUUUCAUUUUCAAAUUUACAAAAACUCUUUGAAUGACAAUAACAUUACUGCUGUGCAUCUCUAAACGCGAGAACAUGAGUACCUGUACAAACGCUUAGAGAUCCAAGGAUUCCAGAACAUAAGUACGGAGGAUAUAACAAGUCUUGUGUGAGCUGUCCUGCGAAGACUUGCAGAGGUGGAUAAGGUGCUCAUCUCUUACUUGAAGGCCCAAGAAGUAACUCGCAGAAAGGACACACAGAAGAUCUCCCAUCUGUAUGUGGAUGACAUUCAUCUACAAAGGGUCAUCAGAUUGUGGACAUGUCGUCACUGUUAAAAGAAGACAUGGCAAAGAAACUUUUUAAGCCUCUAGGACACACUUUAUAUGAGUUCAUUGAAACAAGGUCGAAACACAAGGAGAGGUUUUACUUGUGCACAUCAGUGGCUAAAGAGGAAGAAGUCCAUAUAUCCUUGGUUAAACACUACCGAGCGUGUCUAGAUGAGAAGUAUGAAGUGGCUGAGAUGUGGUUUCUCAGAGAUCUCAAGUUCAUUGAUGGGAAAGAAGCAGAAACAGACAACCCACAUUUUGACAUGAUGUUCGAUGAAGUCUGCAAUGUAGAAGCUUACAGCUGUGCCUCGAAAUAUGCCUUUGCUCGAAGUGUAAUUAAACUGAACACUCAGCACACCAAGACGGACAUCAAAGUGUUUAAUUUUGACUCCUCCUAUAUAGAAGAUGGAGUGAUCUGGUCUUCAAACAAUGGGGACUGCUUGGUGCUUAUGAGAAUAUGCUUUUAUGCUUCUAAUCUUCUUUGUCUAUCUUUAUGUCCUAUUCCAUAGAUGGUAGAGUUGUAAAAUAAUGAAGUUGUAUUUCUAAAUACAUGUCAAGUCAAGUAUCAUGGGUAUAGCUAAGUCUGUUAACUGAUUAACUUUGGUAGAGUUCAGCAUGUACCAUCAAGGUUCAAGAUUUAGUGAGUUUAUUUUGAAUGGUAACUGCUACUGACCUUGUUUGAGGUGCUAAAAUAUGUUGGGGAAAUAGUAAAAAGACAACAAUACACAUCCUGACUGGAUGGACGAAUCAAUAAAUGGACGGACAGACUGUUGUCAUAUAAAUGAGAAACAUUUAACAAGGUAAUCUAUUAUUCAUAGUUUCAACAAUCUAAGUAUCCAAAAGUGUCAUACAUACAUAGUGGGUUUAACAUGUUAUGACCAGGGCUCAAGUCCUGCG